GUUGCCGUUCGUUUUUUGGAAACAUUAACAGUUAUCCUAUUUUGUGCUUCAACAAGUUUUUUGUAACAGAAUUUUUAUAUUACGUCUUAAAAAGGUCACUUUAAUCGCAGUUCAAGUAAUAUAAAUCGAACACACAAGAACAAAUUACUGGAUUAAUCAACAUCUUGUACACCUUUCAUUCAAGAACAACCACGACAAAGUGAAAAACUAUCAACGCCCUAAUUUUGUCACAAGGCUACUGGAAUCUAUUUCCACUGGAAGCCCAUUCCCCAAAAAUAGUUAAUGCGCAAUAGCAAACCGUUAUACCCGCGAAUACCCUGUAGUGAGUAACUUAAGCAGGCGAUGUUCACCUACAUACGUUUGUUUGUAUGUACAUAAACCACACAGAUAACAUAAACACACUGAGCAUAGAAAGGAAGAGGAGAAGAAGAAGAAGGAAUAGUUUUUGAUGCAGGUAGAGAUUACAAAACGGUUUGUGAAUCACAGGGUGAGCAGGGGGGCAUGCAAAGGGCGGGAAGGGAGGAUUGAAGAAAAGAGGAGCAGUGGUUGCUGGAAGGAGAGGGAGAAGAAGAAGAGACGGACGCACAAAUCGCUGCGUUGGCCACUGGAAUAAAUGGAAAAGCAAAACCAAAGACUGCAAAGUCGCCGCCCGUGGCGCCCCCGUUGACUGCGACGCCGGCAGCGACGUCUGCCUGUCUCCAUUUCUGUUUUGUGUCUGACCGAUCAAGUGUGCCCACACAGCAGCGGUCAAGUUCUUAAAAAAAGGUUAAAGUUUCCAGCCCCAAAGUUAACUGAAGACCAAACACCAAGUGUUGUUACCAAGUGACCACUGUACUUGCAUUUAUCUACAUAUCUGGGUUGCCUUUGUUACACUUUUCGCGAUUCAAAUGGCCGACGUGCGAAACCGUACUCGUAAAAAAUCAUUGUGCUGCAAUCAACUAACAUUCAUCAAAUUUUUGACACACAAAUGUCGGCACUGCUACACGAUGAAACUGGUGGGCGUUAAAUCCUGGGACACGCCCAACUACGGCCUGAAGAUCAGCAUGUUCGAGAAGAACAACUCGAUGUCCUCGGUGACCACUGUGCGCCAGGACGUGGCCAUUCCACUGUGGCACCUCGUCCUCCUGCAACAUCCGCGCAAGCGGAGCUCCGCAUCCGCCGCCUCUCGAGCGGAGUUGCCGCGAACCCUCUACAAUUCGACGACGAAAACCUGCGACUUCUGGCGCUACAUUCGCCACGUGUCCGCCUGGAACAACGUGGCCCAGCUGAUGCUCUCGAAGGGGGCCAGCAACAUGAGCCUCGCCUGCCCCCUGAAACAGGGCGUAUACGUGAUGAACCGCAUCCAGGUGCCGCCGGAAACGGCGCUCCUGAAGUUCAUGUACCACCCGAACACCCUGUACACCCUGGAGGGCACUGUCUACUCCUUGAACCCCAAGGACAAGGUCACCAAGAAGCCCUUGUGCUACUACGAGGUCAAUGCCACUAUCUAUAAGUCUUGCUAGGGAUCUCUUAAAAAAGAUUACUACGAUUUUUUUUGUUUUUUUUUUUUAUUGGUGAAACAUACCAUAUAUCAUGACAUUCCCGAAAAAUCUUAUUAUAAAAGCAAAGGCAAUAAAUAACAUCUCAGGUAAGCUCUUAAAAACAAAAAUAUUGAUCAAAUCAAAUCUUAAAAAAUAUUUAUAAAUUCUAGCUAUUAUAUUUUAAAUAUGACACUUAAUCACUUGCUAAUCCCUAAUAUUUUAGAUCUGUAGUUAGUUAGUAAUAAAAGUGGGAUAGCAAUUGACCUCCUGUGCAUGCAUUUCCCUAUACAAUUGUAAAAAUGUUUUUUCAAGCUCAGCAGAAAGCAAGCUGCAAUUGUCAGAGGUUCUGGUCGGGAUUGAGGUUGAACUGGGGUUAAGGCGGUUGAAAGCCAUGCGUGUCGCACGUCAGCGAGGGAUUUUUAAUUAAGUGCGAAUUAAAAAUGGAAAGGAAAAUUUAUACCAGCUACAACGGCGACACUCACACAUAUUUAUAUGGAAAGGCAACUGGCAGUAACCGCAAAUCAGCAGGAAGUGAGAUAUUCAUUCGAGAUGCAGGCAACUCCUUUGCCACAUUAUUUGCGACUCCCUGCUUUCAUUACUAUAAUUCUGACUACAAUUGUCUGCAUAAAGCCCGCAGAAUUAGGAAGAGGGGCACGCCCUUUUGGGGCCAUGGAGACGGAGAUGGCAAGAUACAUAAAUACGUGCCUGUUUGUACAUUUAUGUGGCGUUUGGCAAUUUGAGCUCGUGAAUUAUGCACAGAACAGUACAGAACAGAACAGUACAGCCAGCAAAGACAAAGACCCCGAAAAGGGGAGUUCCCCGGGGCUUGAGAAAUGGGAGUUGGGAGCUCGCAUUAGACAAAUUUGGCCAGUUUAUUUACUGGCAACAGUUCGGAGCCAGUCACAGAUGCUAACACUCAGUAGAUUGCUCGUGAUUCGUGGGCGGAGCUGUCUCCGAGCGGUGAUUUGUUGCGUACCACUAAAUGGGGCUCCAGUGUUGGUAAGAGCCAAGUCAUCGGUAAUGUCGACUUAAAAAUCAUCCCCUCAGUAGGUAACUAUAAUUCCCAAUUGGUUCUAGCCUUAAUUCAUGACUUAGGUGCUCUGGUAGCAGAUAAAUCAGUUGAUCGGGAGUUUUCACAGAUGAAAAUCCAAAAAUAUUAUAAAAUAUUAGUUGAUGUUCAGGAUAUUCCAAAAUAUAUUCUUUUAAAUACCCCUGUAAAAUCGAACCAUUAAUUCCCAAAAUAAGCUAAUUAAAGUCGCAUGCCAGCCCACGCUUCCUAAUUAACCAAUUCGCCUGGCUCAACAUUUCCAUGGACUGAUGACAUUUGGCGAUGCGUUCGGAUUAUCGAAAAAUCCCCACUUCCGUUGCACAGGCUACUUAAUUAUGGGUCGAGUUGGGAGGUCGGGUUGCAGAUGCACCAGGUCGUUUUGAGGGGAUGCCAUGACAACCGGGGCCGAAAUGGCAUAGGGAUCCGGGAAGUAACGGCUAUUAAAAGGCUCAAAGGAGAUCCUUAACAAAAGGCUGGCCUGGAGUAAGGUCAAAGGGGACUGCAGGAGGCCGAAAAGUCGGUUUGGUAUUUCCAGGACUGCCUGCUGAUAAACUUUUCAAAGAGUUUCUGCAUCUGAAGCUUCCAGCUGGCACUAAUGGAAUAUAAUUGGCGCGAAUCGCUGCAGUAAUCAGCAUAUUAAACGGACAACUGCAGUCACGGCACAGAUUACUUGGGAACAAAAGUUAAAUGACAAACUUAUGCGACAAAUGCAGCAGCAGUGGGAAAGGGGCUUAAGAAAUCGCAAUUGACUGGGCUAGAGGAUAAAAUAAUGGUAAUGAAUGCAGAACUAACUUCCGCUAUUAAAACUUGAACUCAAUAAUUUCGCUCGAGUUGUAAACUACUUACUGGCAUAACUUCUGUGUACCAACCACAAAAGUUAGCCAAUUAAGUUGCCUAAUAACACUAAGAAGUGCCAAAUAAUCUAAAGAUCUGUUUUAAAUUCGCAGCUAAACUCAGCCUGGAAACUCUGGAUGAAUCAGUUCAUUUCCUUUGAGCCCCCAAAACAAUUCACAUGCAGUUUUCCGGAACCCCAGCGAGGGAGGCAAGUUAUAGUUAAGUUAUAGGUACUAACUGGAAACCACAGGUUGAGUGCAUUUAAAUGGAAACUGCCGCUCCCACGCAGUUGUCACAUCAAUAACUUGCCGCUGAGUUAACAUUUAGUGUGUUCACUUUACGGCUGUCAUAGGUGCACUGAGCGAAAUGCGUGCGAGAUUGCACUCAGCGAUGAAACUUGAAAAUUGCAAACUUGAAAUUAAGAUUAUAUCAAUAAUAACCAACGAAAAGAAAAAGGUUUCUUCUCUCAAUGUGCAUUUUCAUCGGACUGAGCGUCACUUUGCGUAAUCGCAAUCGAAACGACUUCAACGUUUAUUUAGCCCACGCCGCAGUGCUAAUUCCACCAGCCACAUUUCACCGCCCCCAUUUCACCGCCCACCUUUCACCGCCCACAUAUUGCGCCCAAAGUGGGCGGGCACGUGAGAGGCAGUGGCAGCUGCAGCAGUACCGCUCCAUGAUGAUAUUAACCGGAAGUGACGACAGCGCCGGACAACGCCUAAAAGCACACUGCAGAAUUUAUUUCUUUAUUUCUCACGCUUGCCUGAUUUCAUUUUAAUUAUCCGGUGCAGGCGGUGGAAAUUAAUUCCGUGGAUGGCGAACAAAUAUGAAAAACUAUAAAGAAAAUGCGCAUAUUAAAAGUCAGUCAAAGCGUAUGGAGAACGGUUCGGAAAAAGUUGUUGGAAAAAAAUUAAUAUCAUAUUUAAAUAUUGCAAUAUGUACGCAAAAACCGAUUGGAAAAAAUCAUUGACACAUUGCGUAUUGCGAUUUUAGUGUUGAUUUAUAGACCAAUAAUAAUUGCUGGCUUUUCAGAUAUGAUUUGGAACCAUCAUGUGAAAAGUAAAUCUCAUUUUUUCCAUUAAAGAAAUGAGAAAGAUUUAUAUUUUUCCAAUGCUGACAACUACGAUGCUCAAAUGAAGAACAAUUUUUCAGCCAGAUUACAUAUAUCAUGAUGUAAUUUGAAUGCCCCAACCAGGCGAGAUCUUAACGGUCAUUAUUUGUUAACUUGCCCGCCACCACCACUUAUUUUCUUGGCCCACACACACAUUAAUGAGACCACAAAAUGAGCUCCUAAAUGACCAACAAAAGGAGGAAAACCCAGUGAAAUGGCUGGCAGAAAAAAUGAAGAGGAAAAACACGGACAACGAAAAUGUGGAAAGGCGGGGAAAACCAAAAACAUUGUUGCCUCAAUUGUCUUGUCCUGUGAGUAGAUUUUCCUGUUAUUGUUUGGCCUUUACUUUACUUCACUUACAUUCAUUACACACACAGAGGGUGGCGGUGGAAAUGGUAGGAAAAUGUGGAAAAUGGUAGGAAAAAUGGGAAAAGCAGAAUGUAAGGCAGACAUUGUUGCAUCCAAGGAGCUCGCCUCAUUCAGCGUUAAUUUUAUGGAUCCUGUUGAACUAAAGCAGCACAUGAAUCUCGUCCCAUCCCAUCGCUGUGGUCCUCCAUCAUGCCCACUAAUGGCUGAAGGUCUCGGAAAACUUCGCUUUUCUGCUUUUCACGUAUUCCCGCCUUUCCCACCCCUGCAUGCCACAAUGCAAAAUAAAAACAACUUCUUAAAGCGCAGCGGCCACGCCAAACUCCUUUUAAGCACAAGAAUUAUUAUGCCAGUGGCCUUGCUGACUGUGCUCCCUCGUUUUCCACGGAGUUUUCCACACUGCGCCGCCUCUUCCGAUCCCAUUUCGCAGCCAUUAUAACGGGGAAGAGGAGACAGCGAAGCAGCUGGUGAAAAUCCAUUGCAAGUGUAAACUUUUCCCCAUGACAGAGAAGAGGAGAAAGUGUUGCAAUGGAAAAGCGGAGAGGCGAAGCGGAAAACUUCCAAGGGACCCAUUUAGUCGGUGGUCAAGGGAUUUGCAGACCGAAGGUUUGACUUUGAUUCUGGUUUGAUUUUCUAAGCGGUUUUGUGCUCGAAAAAGUCAUAUGUGAAAAUGGGCUUAAAGAGGGACUUAAGGAUUAAAAUUUCAACUGCUUUAAUCAAAAUAAAGAAAGGCCAACACGGUUGGCCAAACAAUUUAAUAAUUCUAUUAUAUUAUUUUAUUUUACCUAGCAUACUUUUUCACUCUGUUAUGUUUUAAAAGGCCAUUUACUAAUUAAAACUAGAAAAUGCCGGCCAUGUAAGCUGAUUAAAAAGGGAAGGGAAACCAACAAAAGGAAUUUCAUAAAUAUUAUAGCCAAGGAAAAUAUUUAUUAAUGGGAAAAGCUGAAGCCAAGUGGAAAAUAAUUUGCCGACUACCUAAGCAUAUUUCAGGGUGAAAAAGGGACAAAAAGCCACAUUUGCCAACAAAAGUUGUAAAAGUAUGGAAUUUGUUUCAUUCUUAGUUUUGUAAGAAAUACAUUUAUUUUCAGGUUCCUUUCUCUCGUAAAAUGUUAACCACCAUUAUACCAAACCUGUUUUUCCAUUUUAAUAAUUCAAUUGUAAUAACAUUAAAGACAUAAAAUCACUUUGAUGCAUGCUUUGUGGGUAGUAAAUAUUUAUUUUUAAUCUGACUUGUUUUGAUUUCAACUAUGUUGUCGUUGACAGCAGUCAUUUAGUUGAGUUGAAAACCUGCAAAAAGUGGUUUCAUUUUGAUGCAAUCAAUUUGUAAGCUUAUCCUAGUCCAACUUUUAACCGCUUUUUUAGUUUUACCCUGAUUUUUAAGCCUUUUUUUGUUGUUCGUUUGGCAGCUGUCUUUUUGAAUAUCCAGCACGUCAUUGUUUUUUGUCGUACAUAUGCAUUAACGAAGGAUUUGCAGCAGUUAAAAUAUUCCUGUUACUUUUUUAAAUCGGAACACAACCCCCAACAUUUCAACAAACAAUGAAUUUAUAUUAAAUUUAAAUAUUAAAAAUAAUAUUAAUAUUCAAAUAAUUUAAGACAAUAGAUUGUAAUUUACAUUACGAACUCAACGAUGUAUGACAUUCCUCAAUCUGAUAUAUAUAUAAUUAAUAAAUCGCUAAUUUAAUAAACUGAAAGGAUUCGUAACAUAUUUUCUGUCCAAAUUCUGGGUUUAUGGCUCUCAGACACCAGGCAAACAGAAAACUUAGCAAGUGGC